UCAAGCGGCUUACCAGUAUCAUUUAGUUAUGGUGAUGAGUUAGUGGAAGCGAGAAAAAAACUCUUGUCGAAACCUUCGCCAGAACUUUUUCGUCCUCCUCGCUUUCUCGCAAGCGGAGGAGGAAAUAAAAAUCUCCGGUGACAUCUCAGCUCUCAAAGGGAUGCUUGCCUGAGUGUAUUAUUCGUAGUUGGUGACAAAAUGGGAGGUUGCUGUUCUUCUUCUUCUUCUUCUUCAAGGCAUUCGCAUCUUGUUGGAGCUCCUCUUUACUAUUAUUGUCCAGAAUCUUUUGAGGAGCUUCGGCCUUCAGGAGCUCGUGCUGGUGUGGGAUCAGCAGCACUCACCACCACAGGCCUUUUGGCUGAUAUUAUUGGUUUGGAGACAUCAUCUAUACCCGACACUUUUUAUGCUCCUGCUCCUCUUCCAUAUGAUUUGCUUUUUGGGAGACCCGAUUCCAAAUCUAUCAAAGGAAACAUGAUUAGUGAUUGCAGUUUUGAAACAUGUGAAGAUCUCGGGGGACCAGACUGUAAAACUCAACCCACCUCAGUGAUUCUCUCCCCGAGUGAAACAGAUCUCUCUAAACACAAAACAUGGAAGAACCAAUUGGUAGACGAAGAGGAGGAAGAAUCUUGCCCCAUUUGCUUUGAAGAAUAUGAAGCUGAUAAUCCAAAAAUAAAGACAAAUUGUGAGCACGAUUUUCAUCUCUCUUGUAUUCUGGAGUGGAUGGAAAGAAGCGAUGGUUGCCCUAUAUGUGAUAAGGAGGCUGUGUUUGAUGAUUGCUUGAACUAGCAUCAAAAUAUCUGGUGUGGAAAUUUUAAGCGGUUACACUAUCCAGUUAGUCUGCAGUAUAAUAUUUGCAUACAUCUUUUUUUGGGUGGUUAUUCAUUACACGCAAAGUGUUGUCAAUUGGGUUAUGUUCCCGAAUUGGUGCAGUCAUGUAGAAAUUAUACAUACAAGUGUAAAUAUGAUCAGCGUCUUGCUCCUGUUUGAUCUUUGGUGGGUGAUAUAAAAGAAAAGAGCAUUACAGUCUGUGAUUGUUUGCAACAAAAUCAAGUUCUCAUCA